AUGUCCGCGCCGUUCCACGGCGCUCAGUCGUGUACGGCGCGAGCACUGCGUCUGCUCGACACGGCUUCCGGACACUGGCCAGCCCCGCCACAGCGGCAAUGGGGCAUCUCGGUGAGGAGGGGCCGACGGGGCCGCGCGGAGGAGAACCCCCCCUCCCCUACGGCAGCCCGGCGCCCCCUUGCCGGCUGCCAGCCGUCCUCCCCGGCAGUGGGGCGCCGAGCACCUCAGACCCUUCGGUCACUUCCGCCGCGCGCUCGGCUCCUUUCGCGUCCCCGGCCGGGCGGGGCGGGCGCCCUCCCAGUGCGCGCGCGCUGCAACCAGUCUCGCGGAGGCCCGCCCCUCCCCCCAGACCCCGCUCCCGUGCCGGCCCCCCCGCCUCCACUCCUCCCUCCUAGGCGAGUGUCGGCGGCGGCGGCGACGGCUGCCGAGAUUGGAAUCCGCCUGCUGGAGCUCGGCAAAGGAGGAGGGAGGAGGGCGGGCAGGAAGGCUCGGGCUGCGCCGCGUCCGUCAGCGCGAGACGAGAAUCGUACGGCCGCACGAGGGGCGACCGGGCUGGGGCCGCUGCACGCCCAGGGCGGAGGCCGAGCCGGGCCCCCGCCUUGCCCCGGCGGCUCGCCGCGCCCACCCCGCUCCGCGCCGAGGGCUGCAGGAUGA